GAGACCAGAGACCAGAGAUCGAGCGAGCCUGAAGUCUGUUAAUGGACUUCAGCGCGUUUCGCUUUGGAAUAGAAACACCGUACUUUUAGUCGUUGACUUAAAAAUGGAGUUGGUUUUCUACAUUUGUCUUUACGCUUUUAUGCUAUUAUUUCAGUACUGGUAAUACUGGGUUAAUUACUUAAUAUCUUAAGCGGCGUUUACGGGUUGUUCUUGCUGGUAUGAUGGCAGAAGGCGGGCGAGGUCCGGACUGUGAGAUGCAGUUUGUUUUUCAUUACUGCUCAGGUCAGAGCAUAAAGUCAGAAAUGGAGGAUGUGGGGCUGUCUGCCAGUUACAGCUCAAUCAAUGACCAAAGCGGCAAUUCAUUUUGGGCUCAGAAUGGAGAGGAACUUGACGCAGAUGCUGUAGAUAAUUUCAGGAGGAAGCUCAAAUAUUUCUUCAUGAACCCCUGUGAGAAAUUCAAAGCUCGUGGACGAAAGCCGUGGAAGCUGAUGUUGCAGAUCCUUAAGAUUGCUAUUAUUACCAUCCAGUUGGUGUCUUUUGGAUUGAGCAACCAGAUGGUAGUUGCAUUUAAAGAAGAGAACCUGAUGGCUUUUAAGCAUCUCUUUUUGAAAGGAUACAGUGACCGACCAGAUGAGACCUAUGCAGUCUAUACACAAAGUGAAGUGUAUGAUCACAUCUAUUUUGCAGUUAAUCAGUACCUGAAUCUCCACAACCUCACUGUUGGGAAUCACGCUUAUGAAAAGCUUGAAGAUGUCUAUACACCCCUGUCUGUCUGCCAGGCCUUCUAUAAGAAUGGCAGUAUCUAUCCUGGAAAUGAGACAUUUGAUAUUGACCCCCAGAUUGAGACAGCAUGCAUUGAAAUAUACCCAUUGCAGCCUCUGGGAAUCGGAACACUUCCUUCUGCCUUUACUCUGGAUUUCAAAAGGCUGCUGUCUGUACAUAUUAACUUCACACUGAAGGCAAUUAACCUUCAGACAGUGCGGCUUCAUGAGCUUCCUGACUGUUAUGACUUCACCGUCACAAUUACAUUCAACAACAAAGCUCACAGCGGCAAAAUUAAAAUUACACUGGACAACGAUGUUGACAUUAAUGAAUGCAGAGGCUGGAAUAUCACAGGGGCUUCUCCAAGGAAUAUCCAUUAUCUGCUGGCUUUUGAUUCAUUCAUCAUCCUGGCAUGUGUGGCAUCCUUUAUUCUUUGUAUGCGCUCAGUCAUCAAUGGAAUAAAUCUGCAGUUGGAAUAUGCAGUCUUUUUUCUUACCAGGUACAAUAAGAAAGUGCCCUGGUCAGAACGUAUGGAGUUUGUGAAUGGUUGGUACAUUCUCAUCAUUGUCAGUGACACACUGACAAUCAUUGGCUCCAUCCUGAAAAUUGAAAUACAGACAAAGAAUUUAACAAGUUAUGACAUCUGCAGCAUUUUAUUGGGAACCUCUACAAUGCUCGUUUGGAUUGGAGUUAUUCGCUACUUGGGCUUCUUUCAAAAGUACAAUAUUUUGAUAUUAACCCUAAGGGCAGCCUUUCCAAAUGUAAUUCGGUUCUGCUGCUGUGCGGCGAUGAUCUACCUUGGGUACUGCUUCUGUGGAUGGAUUGUAUUGGGACCUUACCAUAACAAAUUCAGAACCUUAAACACUGUGACCGAAUGCCUGUUCUCCCUCAUCAAUGGAGAUGACAUGUUCCCAACAUUCAGUGACAUGCAGCAGAAGAGUUACCUGGUGUGGCUGUUCAGCCGAGUCUACCUGUACUCCUUCAUCUCCCUCUUCAUCUACAUGGUACUCAGCCUCUUCAUCGCCCUCAUCACUGAUACCUAUGAAACUAUUAAGCAACACCAACGAGAUGGAUUCCCAGAAUCCAAGCUGCAAGAAUUCAUAGCAGAAUGCAAAGACUUGCCUGCUUCUGGGAGAUACAGGAUAGAGGAAGACAAACUGUCAUGCUUCUCAAGCUGCUGGUCACGGUUCGAUGAUUCGGAGGGGAGACUGGACUGCUAGCUGUGUACUGCUCAAGAGAUCACUGCACUUUCAUCUGACACUACACGAAAAGUCCAUUAAUAAUGGAAUUAUAAAAGACUAACUGAAUUGUUAAUUGUCGGUGCAGACUUCUUCUAUUGUUGAUGUUAAACAUAGAAUAAAUAGAAUAACAAUCA